CUCUUCCCUUGCUCAGCUGCCCAAGGCAAGCUGAUACUACGUACGACUCCGAGUGUUAGGACGUGUUGGGCAUGGCUGCCUGUCUGUCUCUUUAGACUUUAGUGGUCACAAGUCAGAGGUGGCCCCUACGAAACCCCCCAAUACACGACAAUGCCACCACCAAUAUCGUUGGCGGAGGCAGCGGCAUUGGAUACGAGCCCGGUGUUCACCUCACGGCAACCACCCAGCACAUCGCAACCCGUCAAUAACUGGAGUGCUGCAAGCAGGCACCCGUUUCGAUGGCCACCCCGACUGACGUGCAGCCAUCGCGCAGGGUCGUUGCUUCAAGCGCAGCGCCUCUUCUUUCCGCAUGCCAACAAUGACUUGCGCUGCCAAAAGCUGCCCCGUGGAGGGGUGGUGUGUUCUGUGGGCCAGCAGCAGCCGCCACCGGCCCCCCAGCCGCAACUUGCGUCUCCUGACGCCAAUGCUCCCGCAUUCCCGACCAUCCCUGCGCAUGUGCAUACAAUCACAAGCCCCGCAAACGCCUACAUUCGGCAUUGCGUUCAGGUGCGACAGAGCCGCAGCUAUCGAGACGCUGCGAACAGCGUGCUCGUGGUGGGGGGAACGCCGCUCAGGGAGAUCUGCGAGGCGGCCUCGCAGCAGCGGCCGCGCCCCAACUGCCCCCCAAUCCAGGUGCUGUUCCUGCUGGAGAGCUGGACUCCCCCUCCCAGCGUGCAGGCCGGCCGCGUGGUGCGCGUGAACGAGGCCGUGAUGCGCAAGCUGGCGGGUGUGGAAACCGCGCACCGAAUAGACGCCGUGGGCUUGUUGACCAAGCCGGCCACCUUUGUAUCUUUCCUCGACGUCCAGUCGGAUGAGUCAGAGGGGCGCAGCGCGGAUCAGAACGGCAGUGGGGGGGAGGCUAGCGGCAGCGGGCGGCGGGAAGAGGAGCGCACGGCGGGGCUGUGCUCUCAGCCUAGUUGUUACAUGUCCCCCCAGGAGUGGUGCCCGACCGCGACGCAUGUAGUGGCGCUGGAUGGGAUCCAGGACCCGGGCAAUCUAGGGACGCUGCUGCGAACCGCUCUUGCAUUCAACUGGGACGGCGUGUUUCUGUUGCCCGGCUGCUGCGACCCCUUCAACGACAAGGCACUACGCUCGAGCCGCGGCGCCGUAUUCCGCCUGAACCUCGCGGCCGGCGACUGGACCCACUUUGAGAGUGUAUGCGCCGCGAGGAAGCUAGCAUGUUACGGUGGAGAUCCGGAGUACGCCACGUAUCCACCGGUCAGUUUUGAGCAGUCUAACGGACUCCAGAAAGCUCUCCAGGAGCCGAAAUUAAGCCUAGUCCUCGGAAAUGAGAGCAACGGGUUGUCGGGCCAGGCCCGAAUAGUGUGCCAACCUGUCGCCAUCCCAAUGGCGGGGGACAUGGAGUCGUUGAACGUGGCUGUGGCGGGGGGGAUUCUGAUGUACCUUCUUCGACCUGAAGCGUUGUAGGUCGUUCAGGAUGUAAAGUUUUUGGAGAACGUCGAAUUCGGAUGAUAGACAGGCCGUCAGUUGUGCUUGCUGAGUUCGGAAACCUAGUCGCAAGCUCGCAACUGAUGCGCGGCCGCGCCCAGGAUGACCAACGCUGAGCAGUCGUGAGAGCAGGGAUAAUUUGCCAAUGUAAAGCAAGCUGGCAUGCGCAGUGACAGGUAUAUAGAGGUGGCCGGGCACGUUUUGAACGAAACAAUCAAGAUCUGACGUGUGUCGGUAUCGAGUUGUCUCACGACACAAAAUCUUAUCCAUGUGACACAUCUUCACCGCU